AUGUUCUCUCCAAGAUUCCCUCAGUUGCGUUCAAUUCGAGGCCGGACUUUCGCAACAUCUACUACAUUGAGUGCUCUCAAUGCGGUGGCCCGCUCAACGGCCCAACAACUUUCUGCCGAUUGGAAAGGAACGAGUGCCACAGGCGGUACCACUAAGAACUUCAUUGGAGGAGAGUUUGUUGAAAGCAAGACCACAGAAUGGAUCGACUUGCCUGAUCCAUCCACACAAACAGUGCUUUCGCGUGUCCCGCAAGCCACCCAUGACGAAUUCGAACAAGCUGUCGACGCGGCAUCCCAAGCUUACAAGACAUGGAGUCGAACAAGCGUGAUAACUAGACAACGAUUCGUCAUGAACCUUCAGCAACUCCUCCGUGAAAACGCAGACUCGAUUGCGAAUAGUAUAGUUUUGGAACAAGGAAAAACCUUCGCAGAUGCACGGGGGGAUUUACUGCGGGGAUUGCAAGUCGUGGAAACGGCUACUGCAGUGUCUACCACUUUGCUCGGAGACAAACUCGAAGUGAGCAAGGAUAUGGAUACAUAUGUUAAGAGGGUACCGCUGGGCGUUUGUGCAAGCAUUGCUCCAUUCAAUUUCCCAGCAAUGAUUCCGCUGUGGACUAUCCCAAUCGCAGCCGUGACAGGUAACACUCUCGUCUUGAAACCUUCUGAACGUGAUCCUGGAGCAGCAAUGAUCAUCGCGGAGUUGUGCCAGAAAGCGGGUUUGCCUGAUGGAGUACUCAACGUCAUUCAUGGUGGCGUUCCUACUGUCAAUGCCAUAUGUGACCAUCCUGCCAUCAAAGCGAUUAGUUUCGUGGGCGGCGACAAGGCUGGAAGGCAUAUCUACGAGAGAGGAACGCAGAACGGCAAGAGAGUUCAGGCUAACUUGGGAGCUAAAAACCAUGCCAUUGUGAUGCCUGAUGCCAACAAAAAUCUUGCCUUAAACUCCAUCGUUGGAGCUGCAUUUGGGGCGGCUGGCCAACGAUGCAUGGCUCUUUCAGUCGCCAUUCUUGUUGGAGAGGCACAAUCAUGGUUACCUGAGCUGGUUGAACGCGCUCAAAAGCUCAAGGUUAGUGGAGGGUUUGAGCCGGGCGCCGACCUUGGCCCUCUCAUCUCUCCAGCUGCCAAGAAAAGGGUGAUAGGACUCAUUGGAUCAGCUGAAGAAGAUGGAGGGAAUGUAGUUCUCGAUGGUCGUAACCUCACGGUUCCCGAGUAUCCAGAAGGAAACUUCGUUGGCCCUACGAUUAUCGAGGCUGGGACCAAGAUGAAAUGCUAUCAGCAAGAAAUCUUUGGACCAGUCUUGAUUGUCCUUCGGGCUGAGACGAUGGACGAUGCACUCGACAUUAUCAAUGAGAAUAGAUAUGGAAAUGGUGCUGCCAUAUUUACACAAUCCGGUGCAACUGCCAAGAAAUUCGAGACGGAAGUCAAUGUUGGCCAGCUUGGCGUCAAUGUGCCGAUUCCAGUUCCAUUGCCCAUGUUUGCAUGGAGCGGAAACAAAGCGAGUGUCUUGGGUGACAUUGGCUUCUACGGCAAGAGCGGAAUCAACUUUUACACUCAGAACAAGACAAUAACGAGUCUUUGGAGAGCUGAAGAUGCAGUAGGAACUCGAGCAUCUGUGAAUAUGCCGACUCAUCAUUGA